UGUCCUCCUGGGUUUUACAAGAUGUCCAGCCGACUGCAGACCUGUGUUCCUUGUCCUCAAUACAGCUACACCAAUCAAGAAGCAUCUACACUGUGUACCUGUCAGAAAAACUUCUACAGAUCUCCCCUGGACUCCCCUUCCACUUUGUGUACACGUACACCUUCGGCCCCAAGAGAUCUCAUUUAUAGCAUGAAGCAGACUACCUUAGUUUUAGAAUGGAAUCCACCACUAGAUACAGGAGGCAGAGGGGACCUCAUGUACAAUAUUUUCUGUGACCGUUGCUCUAUUGCCUUUCAACAAUGUGAGCCCUGUGGCAGCAGCAUUGGUUAUGUUCCACAGCAGAUUGGAUUAGUUGAACGGACAGUUACACUGGUAAAUUUGCUGCCCCACAUGAACUACACUAUACGGGUGGAGUCUGUAAAUGGAGUUUCUGACUUUAGCAUGUAUACUAAGCAGUUUGCUGAAAUUAACAUCUCAACCAGUAAUGCAGCCCUGUCUUUGAUCACUGACAUUCGGGCGGACAGAGUGGAUCAAAAAAGCAUCACGUUAUCAUGGCAGGAGCCAGCUUUCCCAUUCAUCAACAACACAGAGUAUGAGAUCAAGUACUAUGAAAAGGACCAAAGAGACCAGAGUUACUCCACUUUGAAAACAGCCCUCACAUCAGUGACUGUUCAUAACCUAAAGCCGGGAACAGUCUAUGUCUUCCAAAUCCGCACAUCAUCUUCAUCACAAGAUUAUGGUAGUUACAGUCCAAGCAUUGAAGUGGAAACACUAGGAGAAUUGGCUCUGGCAUCAAGUGAACAGAACCCUCUCAUCAUCAUAGUGAUAGUGUCUGUGGCUGGAUUCAUCGUUCUGCUAUCCAUGGUGGUGGGACUCAUGAUAUGGAGAAGGCAGUGCGGCUACAGCAAGGCAAGUCAGGAUGGAGAUGAAGAAUUGUACUUCCAUUUUAAAAUCCCAACAAGAAGAACUUACAUAGAUCCAGACACAUGUGAAGACCCUAUGCAAGCUGUUCACCUUUUUGCAAAAGAAUUGGACAACUCCAGCAUAAAAAUAGAAAGAAUCCUUGGUACAGGGGAAUAUGGUGAAAUUUGCAAGGGUUGCUUGAAACUCCCAAGCAAGAGAGAGCUUCCAGUCGCAAUACAGACUCUCCGAGCUGGCUGCUCAGAAAAGCAGAAGCGCUCAUUUCUGGCAGAGGCUAGCAUAAUGGGACAGUUUGACCAUCCCAACAGCAUACGCCUAGAAGGAGUCAUCACUAGAGGUAAUACAAUGAUGACUGUAAUGGAAUACAUGGGUAAUGGUGUUCUGGAUUCCUUUUUAAGGACACAUGAGGGGCAGUUCACCAUUGCUCAGUUGGUGGGUAUGUUGACUGGUAUAGCUUCAGGAAUGAAGUACCUGACAGAGAUGAGCUACAUUCACAAGUGUCUUGCUGCACACAAAGUCCUAGUCAACUCUAACCUGGUCUGCAAAAUAUCAGGAUUUCGACAUAUUCAAGAUGAAAAACUUGACACUGUGUAUUCCACCAUGGUUCGAAAUUCAAAUGGUGGAAAGAGCACAGUUUUAUGGACAGCACCAGAGGCAAUUCAGUAUCAUCGUUACAGCACUGCCAGUGAUGUAUGGAGCUUUGGUAUAGUAAUGUGGGAGGUCAUGUCUUACGGUGAAAGACCUUACUGGGAUAUGUCUAAUCAAGAUGUCAUCAAAGCCAUAGAAGAUGGAUUCCGACUUCCAGCCCCAGUGAGCUGUCCACCUGCGCUCCAUCAGCUGAUGUUAGAUUGCUGGCAAAAGGACAGAAAUGACAGACCAAAAUUCACUCACAUCCACAACAUUUUAUCCAAACAUGGACAGAGUCCUGAGAAAUGCCAGUCUGCAACAUCCACAACAACAAGAUCACACAGCACUUCCAUUCCAUUAAUUGAACGGACAUUUACAACAUUUCCCUCAUUCAGCUCGGUGGGGGAAUGGCUGCAGGCCAUUGAAAUGGAGAGAUACAAAGAUAAUUUUACAGCAGCAGGAUAUUGCUACCUGGAGUCAGUGGCCAGGAUGACAGUUCAGGAUGUAAUGAGCCUAGGAAUCACCUCUUUGGACCACCAGAAGACCAUACUUAGUGGCAUUCAGACCUUACGUGCUCAAGUUAUACAAAUGCAUGGACGAGGAGUGCAAGUGUGACAUAAGGACACCAAGCUAGUUCCAGGACACAGAAAUCCAAAGGGAGAGCUGUUCAGCCCCCUAAUCCGGCCAAGAAACAAGAGCAAAAAGAAAAAACCUACCGAGGUGGAAAAUGUAACUAGGAUCGAUUUGGAGUCAACAUUUCUCUUAACUCCCUGAAAGCAUUUGUUGUGUUGGCUAGUAUGGCUGAUAUUCUACUAUGUUCAGUGUCAUAAGGAAAUUUUCUUACCAUGGAAAGAUGGAAUAUCUGACAGUAUAUUGACAAUGACAGCCACAAUUGGCAAAACUGGACAGAUUUUAGUAGUCUUUUAUCAGGGCCAUGUGUCUGUAUGAAACAUAGGCAUACAGGGUGAGCUGGAAAAGUGUGCACUCGUUUUUUACAUGGGGUAUAUUGUUGUAAUAUUGUGGUGCCAACUACUCCAUUAACUAUAAGUACUUAAGUAUUUUUCUAACAGCAACUGUGUUGUACUGACUCCCAUAAAUAGCUUUUAUUUUUACAGAUUGUAAAAAAAGACUUUUUUUAUACCACAUCAAGUGUCCAAGUGAUAUGUGUUUGGUGCAGAAAGUGCUAGUCUUUUUCUUUUCUCCUCCUUACUUAGCACUUUUUACUUGGCGGCAUUAAAUGAUGGCAUCUCUCUCUCGUGGGGCAAAUGCAAUACAGCCGAAGUGGUGCAAUUUGUCUUGUAGCUGAAGUUCAAAGAGAGCAAUCGCUUACUUUGCAAAGGUUUGUCUGACAGAUUUUAGCAGUGGGGAGGUGAAAUGGCAAACUAAAUGGAUAGAAAGAAAACAACAACAAAGCAGUUGUAAGCCUUUUUUUACAGACUUGAUUUUAAAUAUUAAAACAUACAAAAGUCAUGGGUAAAUUAUAUUAUUGCACCUUUUGGAAAAGAUAGUGCCAGCCUAAUGGAAUAACAGACAGGGUAUGUUAAUAGCAUCUAACUCAUAAUGGGUUAUUACAUAACAUAUUACUACAUACGCUUGUUUUGUAAAGAGUUUGUCUAUUUGUUUUUAGCUACAAUGCAAUUAAUUUCAUGAUAACUUCAUAUAGCUCUUCAGGUUACAUAUGCCCAAAGCAGCUCCAACAUGGCUUUUUCUAUUUCCACUUAUUAAUGAUAAUGGUUGUGUCAUCUAGGGUCAAGGUCUCUUUUCCUGUUCUUGCCAAUAACUCAAUUUAAUUUGGAGCAUGUCGUUUUUUUAACCUAUCUGCUUUUAUGUUCAGGAAAAGUAACGGUUGACUGGCCACCACUUCUCAUGACCAUUUGUCGCUCACUUGAUGCAAUAUAAUUAUGAAGGAAGGGUACCUAACAAUAAUAUAAGAUGACAAGUGAUUUACGUUACUUAAGAGAAAAUCGCGUUCGCAGUAAUUUAACAUAGUCUUUAUCUAUCCAGCUAACUUAACACUUUUUUAUUAUAUGACUCCAAACUAAAAUCUAGUUUAAAUGAAUCAUUACAACAAGUAUUUAACUUAAAAGUGUAUACAAAUAUAUCUGUCAAGCUGAACUCUAGUCAGCUAAAAAAAAAUGACAUGCAGUAAAUCCCUUCUUCCUAUACCCUUUUACCCACACUUCAAGGCUUGGUUGCCUAUUUUGUCUAGGGGGUAAUAACUAAGGUCAAGGACUUACCUUAUUCCUUGCUCCCUUGACAAUCAGUGCACUCAUCUGCUGUCUGAUGACUCCAGCAUAUGGGUGGGCCCUUGUCGUCCAUAUGUAUAAUGCAGGCCUGCUGCAAACUUACUUUUUUAAGCCGACUGGAAUUAAUAGGUAAGAAAACUUUCCCACAAAUUGUCUUCACCCUUUUGCCCCUAGCCCCUAAGCAGAUCUAGACCACCCAUCUCUUGUCCCCCCAAAAUCACUAUACUUACCUAAGCCCAUGGCAUUGUUUACAUCACAUUGGUGCCAUCCUCCUGAUCUGACAUCCAAUUUUGUGUAUUUUUCAGAGACUUCAUUGACUAAAUGUUUGUUCUUGCAUCUCCAGGUCUGCAUAGCUGCCACUGGGUCUUACUUUCCUUGGUAUUGGGAAAUAAAUUACCCAAAGUGGCUAAGAAUUCCCCAAACACUCAGGGUGAGCCAGGAGCUAUGGCAGAUGGUAUUGAAAAUGAACUCCUGCACUACCAAAAAUCACUAAAUUCAUGAAAAAAU